GGAGCUGAGGGAAAAACAGGCUGUGGUUGGAAGUGACAUCACUUGAGGUUUUCUAGCGGGCUUUUAAAAAGCAACGAGAUCUGCCACUCGUUAAAUACCAGGGUCCACUUACGAACUGCUCUUGAGGAUUAAGAAAAAGGCUGCCACAGUAGAAUAUGCACUGGGAAAAACCUUCCGAGCAGCCCGAACCGCGGCCGUACCAGGGGGUUCGUGUGAAAGAGCCAGUCAAGGAAUUACUGAAGAGAAAACGGGGGACUCUUAAUAACACUAUAGUGACGUCACCUCCCACAGUUGUGCUCCCACAUGCUGCACUGUCAACAUAUUCACCAGUCGGCUACUCGGGUUCUAUGGAAGUUGGCAGCAGUGGCUCAGAACCUCUGUACGGAGAGGAUGGCACUAUCUGUACGGCUUGGAUUGCUCAGCCCUCAUCUGCCGCUCUUCAGCCGCUGACGCACUGGGCACCCUGCCCCGAGUACCUCCCCCUCGAUGGCUCCGCCCCCGCCUACACUGCGGACAUGUAUGUGCAGCCCAUGUGCCCUAGCUACGCUGUGGUGGGCCCCCCCUCGGUGCUGACGUACACCUCAACACCUCUCUUCACAAACUUCGCAGAACCACAUAAACAGGAAAACUGUCCCGCUAUAAAGAAUGCAAUACCAUGGGCUCAAGAUCUCUAUUUUCUUUCCCAGCCAAGGCAUCCCGCUCCGUCCCCCAUCCCGCAAGGGGAGCUCCAAGACCCGCAAACUCAAGUGGCUUACUUUCCCUGGGCUCAGUCCAUCUCUGCCCUGCCAGCCCAGGCCUUUCAGUGCCCCUCCUCCACCACGCCCUUCACCAGCCCUCAGCUGGUGCCCCUGCCCGUCACAGUGCCAGAGCCAGCUGCCCAGGAGCUGGAGGAGGCGCACAGGACCCUGGGGAGCAUGCCCAUUGAGAAGCUCCUACAGGAGGACCAAGACAGAGACACGAUUCUGCAUAUUUAUACAGCCAAGGGAAUGAGGGAAUACGCCAUUGUAGCUGCUGAGAAAAUGAGCAGGCUCAGAAGCAUAGACGCCAAGGAGCACCAUGGGAAGACUGCUCUUUUGGUUGCAGUCGCUGCCAAUCAGCCCUACAUCGCUCAUGACCUCAUCAUGCUCGGGGCAGACAUCAACAUGGUCGAUGACAAAGGUCAGACAGCCCUGCACCUUGCUGCUACUUACGGCUUCUUGGAAGUUAUUCAGGUGAUAUUGUCCACAACGAUGACCAUCAGUUUAGAAAUAUUGGACUUUGAAGGUCACACUCCUCUGCACUGUGCUGUUUUAACCCAUAAUUCCAUGCACCGGGAACUGAACAACGACCUCACAAUCUCCCCUGAGAGACAGAAAGAACUGGAGAGGCGCAUUGUCGAAGUGAUGGCCUGCAUUAAACUAUUAGUCCAGGCUGGAGCCAAUGUUACCAGCCAGGAUGUAAAAAGCAGUAAGUCUGUGCUGCACCUCACAGUUCAAGAAGGGAACUAUUUACUCCUGAAAUUCUUUUUAGAACUGAACACUGGGAAGGAUGAGGAGUUUAUCAACAUGAAGGCUCAUAGUAACACAGCUCUGCACAUGGCUGCCGCCCUGAGGAAUGAAAUCCACCAAGAAGAAAUCAUUAAGCUGCUCCUGCAUCACGCCGCUGACCCCAGCAUCCGGAAUCUGGAGAACGAGCAGCCCAUUCACCUGGUCCAGCCUGGAGAGGAGGGGGAGAGGGUGAGGCAGUUACUGAGGAAGGGCAGGGCAGGGCUCGUCCACAAUCAUCGAAGCUCAUCGUCCUCCUAGGAAAUAAGGGUCCCAACAUCAAUCACAAUGUGUCGCCUCUACCAUCUCCCCCUGCUGCACCACCCUGAAUGUGGACUGUAUAUUUACUGACUUAAUUCUUUAUAUACAGUGUGUAU